GACAUCACGGCGGUGCAGGAGCGGCCGGGGGCCGGCAGCCCCGGGGGCCGGCAGCCCCGCAGCCACGGCCGCCGCGCACCCCCGGCACCGGCGCCUCCGGCCAGGAUGGCUCCUCAGAUCUAGACAAGGAGACCAGAGCAGUGCCAGAAAUCCCCAUCCAGGUGACAGUGGGACUGGGAUAGAGGAGCUGCCGUGAGGAUGUCCGAAGCCAAGCCCCUCAGCAUCUCUUGCCUCGUGCUCUCCUUGCUCUCCCUGCCCUGGGCUUUGCUCCAGCUGGGCCAGGCUUUUCCCAGCACCUCUGACUACCUGCAGCGGGGCUGGCAGCGGCUGCUGGAGGAAGGGGAGGGCUGCGCCGAGUGCCAGCCAGAGGAGUGCCCGACGCCGCGCGGAUGCCUGGCAGGCACGGUGCGGGACGCCUGCGACUGCUGCUGGGAAUGUGCCAACCUGGAGGGACAGAUCUGUGACCUGGACAACACCAACCACUUCUACGGCAAGUGUGGGGAGCACCUGGAGUGCCGGCUGGAUGCUGGGGACCUGCGGCACGGGGAGGUGCCUGAGCCCCAGUGCGCCUGCCUGUCCCACCUGGCCCUCUGCGGCUCUGACGGCAAAACCUACGCCCAGAUCUGCCGGUUCCUGGAGGCUGCCCGUGCCCACCCUGAUGCCAACCUCACCGUGGCCCAUGAAGGUCCCUGCGAGUCAGAGCCUCAGAUCACCUCUCCUCCCUAUGACACAUGGAACAUCACCGGGCAGGAUGUCAUCUUCGGCUGCGAGGUCUUCGCCUACCCCAUGGCAUCCAUUGAGUGGAGGAAGGAUGGAAUGGAGAUGCUGCUGCCUGGAGAUGACCCCCACAUCUCUGUCCAGUUCAGAGGCGGCCCCCAGAAAUACGAGGUGACAGGCUGGCUCCAGAUCCAGGGCGUGCGGGUGACGGACGAGGGCACGUACCGCUGCUUCGCCAGGAACAGGCUCGGGGAGGUGGUGGCACUGGCCAGCCUGACCGUCUUCACUCCGGACCAACUCAAUCUGACAGACUUCUCCCUGCUGAAGCCCCGCACAACACCUGAGGACUACAGGGAGAGUGAGGAGGACUACUACUAGCCCAGAGAUGGCAUGUUCAGCUGCAGAGACCACCUUGCCCACAGCGACCCUUCCCUGGGCCUGGGGACAUCUCUGGAGCAAGCAUCCUCCGGCCCAAAACUCCUUUUCUGAACAAUCCUGGCAUGACAGCCUGGUUUUUGGGGUGGGGGACAGGGUGACACAACCUUUUGGGGUGCUGGGGGAUGGGAUACUGGCUGCUUGGCAAGGGCUGGGACCAGGGACAGCUCAGGGUGGAUCUGCCCUCUGUCACUGAGUGGAGACACAAUGGUAGGUAGGACACUGUGGGGACAGCUGUGCUGUGUGUGAUGAGGUUUGGGGGUGGGGAUGGAGACAGCCUCCUCUGGGAGAGUGAGGCCAGGGCAGGAGCACUGUGUCCUGUGUGAAUAAUUUUUGGGGAAGCUGGAGCAGAGAGCUGGGACCUGACUGUGAUAACCAGCAUGUCACAGCCCCCUGGCCCCCUCCAUCUGCUCUGUAUCCCCCAAGCACAGAGACAUCCCAGCUUCUCCCAGAACCUGAGGAACCUGCUGCCAAAACACCCUUCUCUUCUGUUUUGUUUUUAACCAGAAAAGUAGUGAUUUGAGGAAACCAGGCACUUGUGGCUUUCAGAGCUGUCUUUUCUCCAGCUGAACCACCCUUGUGGUCAGAAACACUUUGGCCUUUUUUUGACUGACUUAAUUUUUCCCUUCCAUGCCUUUGACUGACCUCAUGCUUUCCUUUGUCAUUUCAGUUGAUGUUAUUUAAAACAUACAUGUAGGUCAAAGCCAAGGCUGGCUGACUGUCCUGCAUCCACAAGGAUGAUUAUGGGGGUGAGGAAGGGUGCAAAAACUGUGGAUGCUGCCUUGUCCAUUGUGGGGUGCUUGAGUUGAGGAGCCCUCCUGCACAUCCCAGUGCUCACAGCUGGUCCUGCUGUGGGUCCUGCCCUUCCCACCCCACCUGGGGAUGGGGGUGCCCAGCAGACAAUCUCCUAUGCAGUGGUGAUGCAUCAGCUCCAACCACUGCACUCCCAUGUGUUUGGAUCCCAUCCCACUGCUGCCCAUUUUCAUUUGGGGUCCUGAGUUCUGUGACACUGGGGUCUCCACCCAGAUGACCACAGCUCUGUCAAGUGUGGAGCAGCUCUGUGACUAGUUGGUGAAGUAAAGGGGUGCUCCAGUUUCCACUGGAAACAUUAUAUUAAAAAAACCACCACCUACCUCCCAGAGCUGGUGAUUUGGAGCAAACUUUAAUUUGGGGGCACAGGAAGGAAGCUCAGAACUGCACUAUGCUGCUCACUGCCCAGAGAGGGCUGUCAGGAGCCUUCCUCUGGGCAUUCUGAGGCUGAGCUCCAUUCAAGGGGUGCUUUGUCCCCCAAAGCCGCAGCAUUCACAGGACUUCUGGUGCUCAGAAGCUCCAUAUGGACCAAACCCCUCCCAGUUACUCAGUCCCAGCUCUGGGGAGGCCCAGAGCUGCGGCAGAGAGCCAGACCCUGUGAGAGAGGAAUUGGCAGACACCGGGCAGGAGCAGGCAAGACGCAAUAAGGAUGGUGGCUCAGGUCCUGUGCUACUCUCCUUCACAUGGUUUUUCUUUUCUUUUCUUCCUUUUUCUCUUGAGAGCUGGCUCAGAUGACACAAUUACGGCACUGAAACCUGAACAAGCAAAUAAAAGGGAUUUGUCUGGAACUGGCAGCAGAGCAAAAUUCCUGCAGACGGUGAGGCUGGGCCAGUUCUGGCCCCCUGCACCACAGCUUGACAGGGCACUGCUGCCCUGCCUGCUGGGGUGCCUACCCUUUCUGGCAGGAAACCCCUUCUCAGGCAGAGAAAUGCAAAAGCCAUUGAUGCCUCAGCUUCUCCUUCCAUCUAAGAGCACAACAGAAUCCUCCUGGGCUGCUCCAUCAGAGUUGGAGAGUGUUCAGGAGGGAUCGGGGACAGAAGUGUGCCAUUGGCUUUUAUUUUGCUUUUUUUGGGUGUAAAACAUUCUUUCAGAGAAGCUGGGCCUUUUUUAUCCAUCCUGAUCCCCUUCCUGUUUUGCACACAAAUGAGCCGGUGGAACUGGGCCACACUCAGGCUGAGGCUGCCACGGGGAAAUCUGAGAGCCUCCUGGAGCUUGGGCAGUCAGGAGCUGCUUGCUGGGCUCCCUGCCGGUGCCCGGGGCUGGCCCCCAGCCAGGGCUGCCAUGCCAACCCUCCUCAGGGCCAGGCUUGCCCUGCCUGUGCUGGCACACACCCAGGUCGUGCUGGUGUGGUGCAGCUUUAGUCUGGCUGGAGAGAGUCGGAUGUGUCACAGCUCCAUCCCUGGCUCUCCGUGUGCUCUGCAGGACAAUGUCCUGCCUGGGCAUCUGCAUUAGGGUCUGAGCCCUUGCCCCCCUCUGCCUCACACCCAAUGCCUUCACACCCUGUAGGGAGAUGGCAGGGAAUGCUGGUGGCUCCUGCCUGGCAGGAAGAGCGGUGGGGAUGUGGUGACUGAGAGAGGGGGAAUUUGAGCAAAAGCUCUUGGCCAAAAUUAACCAAACCAAGGCCUGUGUGUCCCAGACUCCUCAGAUCCCACUGUCUGACUGGCAAGAUGGAGCUCAGCCAGUAGCAGGGCUCCACUCCCUGCAAGGUGAAGGGCAGCAAAGGGCUCCAGGGGCACAGAGAGGGCUGGUGUCUCCUCAUCCCAGCUCCCAGCCUUGCCAUUUCCAGUCACUUAAAAAUUAAAGAAGCCAAUAUUGCUGCACGGCUGGAAUCGGUCACUGCCACAGAGCUUAAUUGAGGUUAUUUGUUGGCUCUUACAACAUUUGGUCAUCUCUGCUGCUGGCUGCUCACAUGUUUCCUGCAGCCCUGAGGAGGGGCACCCCAGGCUCUGCAGAUCCUGUUCUCAGCUCCAGGCAUGCAGAGGGUCUUGGGGACCUGACCAAACCUGGUGUCCCUGUGGGUUCAGAGGGUGUGCCCCAAUGCAUGCAGCACCAAACUCCUUUCCUGGCUGAAAUUUGGUGCAGUUGCUUUCUGGGGACAGGGGGAGCUGAGCAGCUCCUGCCAGCCCAGCUGACUGCACUCAGAGCACCUGGUCAGGUGAGCCCAGAGGUCAGGCUGAUGUCAGAGACCAGGAGAGCUGGACUGGGAAGUGUUGACAUGGCCACUGGCCCAGGCAAAGCACCCACACCUCCUGGCCACCUGGGAGGAGCAGGGUGUGGGUACUUCCCAGGGCACCAGAGGUCACCGAGAGCCUGGGUACAAAGAAGAGAUGGCUUGUUCUGCCAGGACCUGAGAUAACCUGGAGAUGCACUCUCUGAGCAGCUGCCAACCACAGGGUUUUGUGGUCUGCAGGGAAAACUCACCGAGUCUGGCAAGUAAUACACCCCUUAACAUAGACAUACUGCCCCGUGUGCCCCUGGGCAGGAGGCACAUGGAAUCAUGGAAUAGUUUGGAUUGGAAGGGACCUCAGAGGUCACUUAGUUUCAAUGCCCCUCCAUGGGCAGGGACACCUUCCACUAGGCCAGGUUGCUCAGGGCCCCACCCAGCCUGGUCUUGAACACUUCUGGGGCUGGGGAGCCCACAACUUCUCUGGGCACCCUAUGCCGGUUCCUCACCAUCCUCACAAAAAAGAAUUUCCUUCUAAUAUCUGACCUAAACUUACUUUCUUUCAGUUUAAAGCCGUUCACCCUUUUUCUAUCACUAUAUGCCCUUGUCAAAAGUCCCUCUCCAGCUCUCUUAUAGACCCUUUAGGUUCUGAAACAUGCCUUAAGGUGCUCCUGGAGCCUUCUCUUCUCCAGCCUACUCUUCUCUCAGCCUGUCUCCAGCUCUCUGGGCAUAUUCACAGCCUUUCUCAGGACUCGCUCCAACAGAUCCACAUCCUUCUAAUGCUGGGAGCCCCCGAGCUGGACACGGCACUCAGGCAGGGUCCCACAAAGCAGAGCAGAGGGACAGAAUCACCUCUCCCAACCUGCCGGCCGCGCUUCUUGCGGCGCACCCGCGCCUCCCGCCGGUCCGCGCCGGGCCAGGGCGGCGAUUUUCCGCUAAACGGUGCUGCCACCUCCCGGCACAGCCACCCGGGCCGGGCCGGGCUGGGCACCCCCGGAGCACCCCACACUCGGAUCCAUCCGUGCCUGCCCCUGGCAGAGCCCCUGCCCUGCUGGGAGGGAUGAUACAAGGGACACGAGUAUGAGCUGUCCCUCGGGAUGGCCCCAGAGCCAGAGCAUCCUCUUGUCACCGGCUUUGGGUGGCUGCUGCAGGCAGAGCUGGGGUGAGGCAGAGCUGGAGAUGUUCGGCUGCAGUCCUUGGGUGUCUGCGCUGAGGUAGGGCUGCAAAAGGGUGAACACCCCUCAUGGCCACCCUGACAAUCCCCCCACGCCAUGGGCGCCUCCCAUGGGACAUCAGUGCUUCGGCAGAGGCUCAUUGAGCCUGAGCUGAUCACUGGUCAUGCCUGGAUGGGAGCAGCGCUGUAACCUCGCUCUGCAAACAGGUAAACUGAGGCACAAAGCAACUGUGCAUGGAAAACUCAACUAGAGCCAGAGAGACCUUCACAGCAGAGUGACCAGCUACCCCCAGGGCUUCUGUCCCCAACCUGUCCCCACCUCUGUUGGGAGUGACAUUUUCCCCCCGUCUUUUGCAAGGCACCUUUUCCCCCUGCUGUAGUGGCUCAGAGAGAAAAUAAAGCAGCAAGGCGGCUUCCCUGCCUCCACCCAGCACUUAUACUGCCUGAUAAACAAAAUGGAAAUAAAUCCUCCUGCGUUUGCAGCAAAUAGGUCUCCAUGGGGGGUUGCUUUCAAUAAUUCAAAUGCUGUUGCAGAGCAGAGCCCACGCCAAUGGGUUUUAAUAAACACAGCCAUAAUGUGA